CCACUCCCUACUUCUGCUUCAUGCUGCAUCCGUCGAUGCUGACACAGCAGAGUGACUAUCAGUAGGCCCGUAGGCACCAGGACGAUUCCCCCAGUCGCCGCUCCUCCACCUCCGCCGCCGCCCGCCGGGACGCUCUCCACCACCUUCGUCGGCAUCGAGAUGGCGCGGUCGGCGCACGACGAGGUCACCGACUCCGGGGCCUUCGACCCGUCGCCGUCCACCUUCCGGAACUUCGUGUCCAGGGACAGCACCGCCCGCUUCCCCGCGGCGCCGGGGAGGUACCACCUCUACAUCUCCUACUCCUGCCCCUGGGCGUGCAGGUGCCUCGCCUACCUCAAGCUCAAGGGCCUCGACCACGCCAUCGGCUUCACCUCGGUGAAGCCCAUCUUUGAGAGGACCAAGGAGACCGACGACCAUAUGGGGUGGGUGUUUCCUGCCACCGGAGACGAGGAGCCCGGCGCCGAGCCCGAUCCUUUCAACGGAGCCAAGAGCAUCAGGGAGCUCUACGAGAUCGCCAGCGGAAAUUAUGCCGGGAAACCAAGUGUCCCGGUUCUGUGGGACAAACAGCUCAAGACCAUUGUCAACAACGAGAGCUCGGAGAUCAUCCGAAUGCUCAACACCGAGUUCAACGAGUUCGCGGAGAAUCCUGACCUGGAUCUCUACCCUGCUCAUCUACAGGCCUGCAUAGAUGGGAUCAAUGAGUUGGUGUACGAAGCUAUAAACAUUGGUGUGUACAAAUGUGGCUUUGCAAAGCAACAGGGGCCAUACGAUGAGGCUGUCACGAAAUUAUUUGAGGCUCUGGAUAAAUGUGAGGAUAUUCUAAGCCAGCAACGCUUUCUAUGCGGGAAUCAACUUACAGAGGCAGAUGUUCGCUUGUUUACGACUCUCAUAAGAUUUGAUGAGGUUUACUCUGUUUACUUCAAAUGCAACAAGAAGCUCAUCAGGGAAUACCCAAAUCUGUUCAAUUACACCAAGGACAUAUACCAAAUUCCUGGCAUUAGCAGCACGGUUAACAUGGAGCACAUACGAAAGAGCUACUAUGGAGGCUACUCACCCAUAAAUCCAUACGGGAUUAUCCCUGCGGGCCCAAACAUCGACUAUAAUGCUCUACACGACAGAGAGAAGUUUAGCGCCUAGAAGAUUUUCUUGGUUGACUUCUGUAUAUGCUAUGCUUAUUGUUGUAAUAAUAUUGAGGAUCUAUUCUUGUGCUUUUGGUCAUUGCUAAUCUGCAUGUGGCAGAUGUGUCUAACAGAUGGUUGGUCAGAUCUGGUUUAAAUCUCUUCUGUGCUACCACACGUCUUACUUGUUUUCUUUGCCACCUUCGAUUUUAUGCAUAUGAAAGUUGCAGAAAUUUCUUACUUGAUACAUCGUUUUCUUUGUAUCCCAUAAAUGAAACUGUAUAUAGAGUUGGUACAUGUUUAUACUAAGUUACAUCUGUCUUGCUUUUUUUGAUCAGCCACAUGAUUAUUGUAGGUACUUAUACAUUCCUCUUGGUGGUUCUCGAAGAAAGCUACUGAGUAGUGUGGCAUGAUCUGGAAUGGAAACUUGUUUCAUGGCCAUGGUUAACUUGGUUAUUUUUCGUUCCAGAGAUAUUGGUCAAAUCUCUGUCCAACAAAUUUCAGCCAAGUAGCUCCCUUGGGAUGCUUGUUCAGCGAGAAUUUAAAGCAAUUGCCGGUGCUGUGACAUGGUGGCAAACCUUGUUGGUUACAUCGUGGGACCAUCCGGGAUUAAAGUUCUGAUCUCAAAAAUGGCUGGGAAGGAAGCCCUGCCUGCCCUUGCUUUCAUAUUUACUACAUUCUACAUGGGUCAGCUGAUGUUUCAUUGUGAAGCUAGCAGAGAGGUGAUGGAGCUGGAGUUCAUGAAUUCAGUUUUGACUCACAUGUAGGACACACUCAAGGAAGCUAUUCUUUCUUUUCCUUUUCCUUUUCCUUUUCCUUUUUAUUUGUUGUAUUUGCUCUAGACACAUCACGCAUUCGAGAGGCAAUUAGUUCCUGUAUGCGCUGAUAUAUGAUUUUUAUUUAGAAAAGAGGCAAGGGCUUACUGAUUAGCCUGCUAGCAACUUGCAUAUGCCAAGUUCUGUUCAUGAUUUCUGUUUGAAAAUAUAUUCAUGAUGUGACACGCUUGGAUGAUU